AUGGACUUGAAUCGUUGGCAGCUUCCGGAGGCCAAAGAUUGCUAUGCAGAUGACAUUCUUGUACACACUGAAACUCAUCGUGAAGUACAAACCACCCUGAACCAUGUACAGUCAGCCUGUGAGAACCUUGGUUUCAUCAUCUAUACUGAGAAAAGUAAGGUAUCCAAUAAACAAGCUGGUAACCGCAAACGUGAUCUCUCCAAGUUUAAGAUACAGAAUGAGGUACUAGAGGUGGACAAGUCAACAGGUAUCGGGGACCUGGGACCUGUUAAGGGUUCACUGCCCUUGUGUUUGUGUUCUGUCUUCUUCCUCGUCUACUUUUCAUUAUGGAAAGGCGUCAAGUCUUCUGGAAAGGCUGUGUGGGUGACUGCCUUGAUGCCGUACGUAGUGUUGCUGAUCUUGUUGGUGCGAGGCGUCACUCUUCCUGGCGCCACCAACGGCAUCCUCUACUACAUCACCCCUCGCUUCCAGAUGCUUGAUAAAGCUAAGGUGUGGGUCGACGCCGCCACCCAGAUCUUCUUCAGCCUGGGACCUGGGUUCGGUACCCUCCUUGCCCUCUCCUCCUACAACAAGUUCCACAACAACUGCUACAGGGAUGCGCUACUAACGUCUUCCAUCAACUGCCUGACAAGUUUCCUGGCGGGGUUCGUCAUCUUCUCCGUACUGGGCUACAUACACGUCCAGAACAAGGACAUCUCCGAGGUGGGAGAGGAAGGUCCUGGGCUGGUGUUUACUGUCUACCCUGAAGCCAUCGCUACCAUGACGGGCUCUGUCUUCUGGUCAAUCAUCUUCUUCCUCAUGCUCAUCACGCUCGGUCUGGACAGCACGUUUGGAGGGCUGGAGGCCAUGAUCACUGGGCUGUGUGACGAGUACCCACGUCUACUGGGCCGACACCGAGAGAUCUUUGUACUCUUUCUCCUCGUCUUCAUCUACGUGUGUGCUCUACCCACCACCACCUACGGCGGCAUGUACAUCGUGGACCUGUUGAACAUAUUUGGAACAGGUAACCCAAUCUUCAUCGUGUUCGUGGAGGCAAUUGGUGUGUGUUGGUUCUACGGAGCUGAGAGAUCUGCUGACGAUAUUGAAAAGAUGUUGGGCUUCCGUCCUGGCAAGUUCUGGAUCGUAUGCUGGAAAUACAUCUCUCCUACCUUCAUCUUUGUGUUGUUCGUCUGCUCGUUUGCUCUGGGGGAGGAAACAGAAGCUCUCAACCUGCCCCCUUGGGCGCUGGUCCUGGCUUGGUGUCUCACAGGUUCUUCUAUAGUGUGCAUCCCCCUGUACAUCAUAUACAUGUUCAUCAUCACACACGGCACCUUCAGAGAGCGUAUCAAGGCCAUGAUCAAACCAGAAGAUUUCGUCCCUCCAGAACUGAGUCAGCUCAACUCUCACUACGGGACACACGUCUGAGCCUCCCAGCCAGCCAGCCAGCCAGUCACUCUCAAACACUGUCGUGGUUUUCGGGAAAGAUUUGGCACUCGUUGUAAUAACCUUCUACUGUAGUAAUCCCCCAUUCUAUCCCUAUAAAUUAUCCCUUUAAAUGAACUUGUAUAUGUACCCUCUUCCCCUCUUCUUAAAUCUUACACUCAUCCCACUACACUCGUACCCAGUUCCCUACACCCACCACAGUUCCCUACACCCACCCCAGUUCUCUACACCCACCUCAGUUCUCUCCACCCACCUCUGUUCUCUACACCCACCCCAGUUCCCUACACCCACCCC